UAAUAGUCGAUAUCGGAUAUUGCCCGAGUUUCGUUUCAUGGUAGAAAGAAACAGUGAAGAACAGUUCCGAUGGCCAGAUGAUGAAAAGUUGGGAAAUGGUUUGAGAUAUUUUUAUAAACAAUAUAUCACAAACAUUCAAACCAAUACCAACACAUGGUGUGAAAAACGACUUGAGAAUUUUUUUCGAAUGCGUUGUUGGUAUCGCAAUCGAUUCAACAAUGGCUCAAGAUUUGAUAACAUCGACAUCAGAAAUGCCAAAGAGUUUUCAUAUCGAUUUAAGAAUUUAACAAAUGGUAAUAAUGUGGAUCCACAACGCGUUGAAAAAUUCAAUAUUUUAAUGAGAGAUUUGACUGAAAUUGGAUGGUCGGGAACAGUGAGUAUGAAAUUUUUCGCAAAAUAUCGUUGAUUUGAAUCACUGUGGUUGUUCGGUCAAAUGCAACGGCAAAUAGAAGUGUAUCACAGUCAUGCCGAACAAUGGAAUACCAUUCAUGAAAUGUUUCGUAACAAUCCGAACUUUCAAGAGCCAACAAUCAAUCGACCACCAAAAAUAAGCAGUUUUGCUCUUAUACCAUUAUGCGACUACCAUUUGAAAAACGUGCGAUUGGACAUUAAGGACUUGUAUUAUAAAAUUGUAAACGAGCUUGAUUUGGUGCCUUCUUUUCUCAAUACGCGGACCAACCGGAUGAAUAAGAGAAAUUUAAAGUACUACACCCAAACUGAUCGAUCAGGUCUAUGGAAUAUGUUGUUCGAUGUCGGUAAAAUAAAUAAAUUGGGCAAAUCGAAACCAUUCCAUCAUCAGAUUUUGACCGAUAGUGUUUCAAUAUCCAUAAUGUACAAGAAACCACAGCGACAACAACGACCACAGCGACAACAACGACCACAGCAAACAACCCAAGCGAAUCGGGGGCCGGAAAAACUCAUUGGCAAGAAAUACAUCAUUGGAAUCGAUCCAAAUGAAAAAUCGUGGUUAACUGUAGUGCGUCGCAACAUUCAAAAAACACCUGAUGAGCCGGCUGUUGAGGAAAACAUUAUAAUACCAAACCAGCGUUUUCAUUGGGAAACUCAGCAGAAAAAACGAGACAAAGAAGCGAAAAAGUUGGCUGGAUGGUUUGAUAUCGAAGAGAAGGAACAUCUCAAAACAUACCCAUAUCGUCCACCAUCACCACGUAAUUCAACAUGGAAAUCAUACAUUGAAUAUCGCAUUAAAAUGUUACGAAAAGGAAUGGCAGCUUAUGCGACGCGUGAAUAUGCACGACUGGAUUUAGACCAUCACAUUCGCUCGACCAGAGUAAAUGAUCAAAUCGCCGUGUGUGUGACAAACAACAAACCGUCGUUGGUUCAAUUUGGUGCUUGGGCGAUGAAACCCGAUCGACCGUUUAGAAUAAAAAAGCGUAAAAGAUGUCCGGGAUCGCGUAAGUUUCGUGUGAGCAUUAAGAAACUUGGACAUUCAGAAGUUGAAAUGCAAGAUGAAUGGGGAACAUCACAAACAUGCGCGAAUUGUCAGGAACGUUUUCCAAGGCACACAAAAGAUGAUCGAUUUAAAGUGUGCUACGAUUGUAGAGCGAAAAAGAUUGAUGGCCUGCCAGAUUCAGUCGCUGGACUGCCAGAUAUCAUUGUGUCAACGGUCAACAGACGUGUUUUGAGAAGAAAACGUGCAAUUAUUAAGCGACAAAUUAUCGAUGGCAAUCGUGAGGCUGUGAACGAAAAACUUCGGACUGGGCGUUUAAUGUCAAAGGUUAAAGUUACCUACAAAAAUUGGCCAUUAAAUGUUGAUGAUGAUGAUGUUGUUCCACAAACAGUUACUUGGCACCGAGAUAUUGUUGCAGCAAAAUGCAUUAUGCUCAAAGGUAUGAAUCAAUUGGAAACAGAAUAUUCAUUAUUUAAUGUAUUUGCUUUAAAUUACAUAGGACUUUGCCGGAUCUUUGAUGUACCAUUGCCAGUUUCAUUGUUAAGACCGCCGGACUAAAACAACAAUGUCAACUAACAAACAUCAUCAAUUAAUCAUACAUUCAAAAAAUUACAUAAAAUAAAAUAUUUUAACUAUUAUAGUUAGCUUAGCUAGACAUGAACAGACUAUAUAAAGUCUUGUGGUCUAGUUGUACAAUAGUACAACAUUGUACGGAGGGGGAGUACCCGUAGAGAUACAAACAAAGAACGAAAUCGUUUUAUUUACAAAAUAAAAAUGAAAACUUUAUUCACAUGAAUUUUUGUACAAUAAGCAAUUAGAGUUCUUAUUCGAUAAAUAUUUAAUUGAGUUGUUGAUUUUUUUUCUUUAUAAAGGUGCAUUCAGCAAUACAAAUCUAUUGUAAAUAUGAGUUCGAGUGUGUUUGGUGUGUGAGUGAAUAACAAUUGAAUUGAAAAACAAAUUUAUUUUUGGCGAAGAAAUCUUCACAUUAAUUGAUUUUUAUUUUCUUCUUGAAUUCUUUUCAACUAGGUUAUACUUAUGCAAAUUGUGCGUUUGAUAGCAGUGAAUGACUUGUACUUGAAUUUGGCUCUUCGUCGCUUGCAUCCUGAUCCAAUUUUUCAAAUCCGCGAUUUCGUUCCAAUAAAUUACCUAAUUUAAAUCCAUCCGUUUUUUUUCGGUUAACCGCCGGAAAGUCCCAAGCAUGCCUUCGGCGAUUCCUUGAAACUUAUGUAUUUGUAAACCGAACAAAUAUGCGGCGCACAAGAAAAAAAUAAAUGAAAUUUAAUAGAGAAAAUAAAUGUCAUCAGCCAAAAAUAUAUUCUCUCAUCAUGAUGUGAUUAAGCAUAUUCAAAAUAAAAACCAAUUUCAUGUUUUCAUUUAAAGUCAGUUUUAAUUGGUGUAUAUUGGUGUAUAUGAACAGCACUACAUGACCACAUUUAUACAUAUAAUGGACGA